GCGGGAUGUGCGACCGCAACGGUGGCCGGCGGCUGCGGCAGUGGCUCAUUGAGCAGAUCGACAGUGAGCUCUACCCUGGGCUUAUCUGGGAGAAUGAGGAGAAAACCAUGUUCCGUAUCCCAUGGAAACAUGCCGGGAAGCAGGACUACAACCAGGAGGUGGAUGCUUCUAUUUUCAAGGCCUGGGCUGUUUUCAAAGGCAAGUUCAAAGAAGGUGACAAAGCGGAACCGGCUACGUGGAAGACGCGGCUGCGCUGCGCUUUGAACAAGAGCCCUGACUUUGAGGAGGUGACAGACAGGUCCCAGCUCGACAUCUCUGAGCCCUACAAGGUCUACAGGAUCGUGCCAGAGGAGGAACAGAAAAGCAAAGCAGGCAUUGCCAAUGGGAGCAGCCUGAAUGAUGUCAGGGAGAUGGACUGCAAUUCCUCUGCAAUCGAUGAUCUCAUGAAAGACUCCCCCUGUGUAGAUGAAUACCUGGGAGUCAUCAAGAGAAGCCCCUCACCACCCCAGGAGACCUGCAGAAACCCCCCAAUACCUGACUGGUGGGUGCAGCAGCCCAGCCCUGCAUUACCACCGAUGAAUGGAUACUCCAGCUAUGAGCAGCAUCAUUCAGGCUAUUCCCCAAUGGUGAUCAGCUUCUUCUACAGCGGGAGGCUGGUGGGGCGCAUCACCACGUGCAGCGAGGGCUGCCGGCUCUCGCUCAGCCAGCCCUCCAGCCAUGGGGAGAAGCUCUAUGCCCCGGAUGGCCUGGAGCACGUGCGGUUCCCCUCUGCUGAUGCCAUCCAGAAUGACCGCCAGAAGCAGAUCACCAAGAAGCUCUUUGGGCACUUGGAGAGGGGGGUCCUGCUGCAGAGCAACAAGAAGGGCAUCUUCAUCAAGAGGCUCUGCCAGGGCAGGGUCUUCUGGAGUGGGAACACCAUGGUCUACAAGGACAGGCCCAACAAGCUGGACCGGGAUGAGGUGGUGAAGAUAUUUGAUACCAGCACGUUCUUUAGAGAGCUGCAGCAGUAUUACAACAACGAGGGCCGCUUCCCAGAGAGCAGAGUCAUGCUGUGCUUCGGAGAGGAGUUCCCAGAUGCAGUGCCACUGCGGUGUAAGCUCAUCCUUGUGCAGGUGGAGCAGCUGUGUGUCAGGCAGGUGGUGGAGGAGGCUGGGAAGACCUGCAGCAGCAGCCCCAUGCUCCCCAUAGCUGAUGAGACGCAGCAUGACCAAGUGUACAGGAUCUUCCAGGACAUCUGUGCAACGCACCAGUGGCCGCUCUUCAGGGAAAACCAGCAGAUUGCUGUCUGAGCCUCCUUCUCUGCAGUGAUAGCGUGGUGGUUUGGGGUGAUCUAGGCCCAGUUUGGUCCUCUUAGUACCUGAAUUCCCUUUCUGGAAAGUUGGCUUUUGUUGUCUGCUGUUUCCAGUCCAGAGUCUAUAGAUACAACAGUAAAAAUUGCUGUAGGUUGGGUGCUCAGCAUCCAUCCUGCCAACAUGA